GGACGUGUCAGAUCCGGAUCAUGGACUGCGUCCCUCUGUCAGUCUGUCACGGUCUCCUCCUCUGAUCCUGCAGCUCCUCCUCCGCCCGUGGAGCCCCAUCAUGCUGCUGCCGGGGAACGACUCCCUAGUGUGGGCUGAACUCCCGGACUCCAACCGCUCUGAGGCUGGGGGCGGCGGCGCGGCGGGCGGCGCGUCCGGGCCGGAGGCGGUGAUAGUGCCGGUGCUGUUCGGGCUGAUCUUCGUAGUGGGGGUCUUGGGGAACUCCCUGGUGAUGGUGGUCAUCGGGAAGGUGAGGUACAGUGUCGGAGGGGGAGGUGGAGGAGGGGGCGGAGGGGUGAAGCGCACCGGCAGCCCCACCAACAUCUUCAUCCUGAACCUGAGCGUGGCGGACCUCAGCUUCCUCCUCAUCUGCGUCCCCUUCCACGCCACCAUCUACACUUUACCAGAGUGGGUGUUCGGAGCCUUCCUCUGUAAGUUCGGACACUACUUCGCCACGGUCAGCAUGCUGGUGAGCAUCUUCACCCUGGUGGCCAUGUCCGUGGACAGGUACAUCGCCGUGGUGCACUCCAAGAAGUCCGCGUGUAUCCGGAGCCGCAGGAAAGCCCUGGUAGGGGUCUCCAUCAUUUGGACCCUGUCCCUGGUGUUCUCGGUGCCGGUGGCCCAGCACCAGGUCCUGACGGGCUACCACGCCGCCCCCAACAGCACCUUCUGUUGGGAGCAGUGGACCGGUGCGUCCAAGCGCAUCUACAAGGUGACCAUCCUGCUGAUCGGAUACCUGCUGCCUCUGCUGCUCAUCAGCUGCUGCUACACCAAGAUUUUGUUUCAUCUUCAUAAAAAGAUGAAGAACAUGUCCAAGAAGUCGGAGCACUCCAAAAGAAAGACUGCUCAGACGGUCCUCCUGGUCGUCACCGCCUUCACCAUCUGCUGGAUGCCUCAUCACAUCAUCGCCAUGUGGGUGGAGUUUGGCACUUUUCCGCUGACUGAGGCGUCUUUUGCCUUCCGCAUUGUCUCUCACUGUCUGUCUUAUGGAAAUUCCUGCGUCAACCCAAUCCUUUACGCCUUCUUAUCUGAAAACUUCCGUAAGGCGUGCCACCAGGUGUUCAGCUGCUGCUUUCUGUACCCGCCGCCACCCAAGGGGAAGGUGGUGCGCUUCAGAAUGGAGAACUUCUCCACCACUCACUCCACCACUAACAUCUGAAGGACCUCAAGACUAGAUCAGAGACUGAACCUGAAAACUGAGGAGAGUAAAUAAACCUUCAAACAGGAGCUCCGUGGUCACAUGACAACAGGAGAGGCUGUGAUUGGCUACGGACUGUGCAUUUCACUAAACAUCAGCCAGUGGAAUGUGAAUGUGAAGGUCAUUCAUUCACAACAGAUUUUCUGACUGAACAGAAGCCUGCAACACUGACUGAGUGAAAGAAGACUGAAAUGCUCAGGUCACAACUUCACCACCAUAACGCUGAAGACAUUUUUCAGUAAAAAAAAAAUAAUAAUAAAAAUGCGAUGAUUCAUUUUUUGUCUUUUGUGACAAAGCAUUAUGUAAUAACUCAACAAAACUUAACACAUUUAUGUCUACAUGUAAUUUUUCUUCCAUUUUAGAAGUAUUAGAACAUUUGUAAAUCAGCCAAUAAAUGUCAUAAAUUUCCCUACAGACAGACCAGCAAAAGUAGACAUUCCUACACAAUUAGUAGUACAGAUUCUGUACAUGUUGAAAGUCAAACUGUGUAAUUUAGUCAAAUAUAAACAUAAACUAGACUCCAA